AUGAAUUUUAACCCAAAUGAACCUAUUCCAAACAUAAGCUAUUAUGAGCAAAGGUUUAGAGAAAUCGUGUAUAACUAUUUUCCUUAUCUGCUCGGACUUCAUGCAGAAAUGGAAUUGCUGCCAUAUUCUUUUGCUGAUUCAAUUAAAGAAGAUGUUCGAGAUAAAGUAGCAUAUAAGACAGAAAUAAGGAAGAGACAUGAAUAUUUCUUAUACUCCCAUAUAUCACGUUCUUACGAUGAUGUACCUCAUGUAUUUUGCACAGAGACUUUGUGGAAAGCUAAACAGUUUGAAUUCAGAGCUGCAUCACAUAGAGAUUUUGGAUAUUGUGACAUAUUCAAAGAUGCUAUGAUUCAUGGUUUCAUUCCAGAACAUAAAGGGAAGAUGCCAGAUACAGAACUUUCAGAGAUAGAAAAAUUUGUUAACAACGCGAAACCAGAAGAUUUCCUAAUAUACAAUCCAGAAACAGAAGAAAUGGUUUCAUACAGUUGGUGGAACGAACACCGAUUAAACGUUGCAAUCAGAGACCGAUAUGUUCCACAUUGGGGAACACAUUACAUCGGAUAUGGACCAGCAGUAAGUCAUUGGGAUUCUAAAGAGAAAAAAUAUCAAUGGUUUAUCGAUAUUUUAAAUGGCAUGGAAUAA